UUAAGUAUAGACCCGGGCAGGAAUGCGGGGCCGACCCGCGGGGGAGGCGGCUUCGGCCCGGCCGCCCCGGGCGCCGCUACCGGCUGCUGCUGCUGCUGCUGUUGAAGAAACGCCCGGGUCCGGCCGCCCCCCGAGCCCGGAGCUGUCCGGCCGGUAGCCCCCACCGUGCGUUUCCUCGUGCUGCAGGUCGCUGGGCAGAGUCUUCUUCACUGUUAAUGUUACCACGAUUUUCAUAUUUUUGAGCCCCAGAGCUACUUGCUUGGGACGAUAGCUUAGAAAGCCUGCCUUAUCAGAGUGCGGCGCUCGUGUCCAGCAUCUUUAUGGCCCCAUACUUGACGACUGAUACCCCGUACUUACUUUUAUUUCUGGCUUGGAGUGUGACUUACAAGUUAAGGUUACACAAUGACUAUCGCUCGUCAGAGAGCUGUCAAAGUGACUGCUGUGUCGACUGCUUCUCAAGACCUGUUGAGAAAAUGCUCUUCCGUAUCUAAAUUGCAUUGCCUUUUUAAGAAGUGAUUUUCCCACUAGCACGUGAAGUAUUAACCUAUGUGGUUGGUUCUAGCUAUUGCCAUGGUACGUUUUUAUAUGGAAAAAGGAACACACAAAGGUUUAUAUAAAAGUAUUCAGAAGACGCUUAAAUUUUUCCAGACAUUUGCCUUGCUUGAGAUAGUCCACUGUUUAAUUGGAAUUGUACCUACUUCUGUGAUUGUGGCUGGGGUCCAAGUGAGUUCAAGAAUCUUUAUGGUGUGGCUCAUUACUCACAGUAUAAAACCGAUCCAGAAUGAGGAGAGCGUGGUGCUUUUUCUGGUCGCGUGGACUGUGACAGAGAUCACUCGCUAUUCCUUCUACACAUUCAGUCUUCUCGACCACUUGCCAUACUUCAUUAAAUGGGCCAGAUACAAUUUUUUUAUCAUCUUAUACCCUGUUGGAGUUGCUGGUGAACUUCUUACAAUAUAUGCUGCCUUACCCUACGUGAAGAAGACAGGAAUGUUUUCAAUAAGACUUCCUAAUAAAUACAAUGUCUCUUUUGACUACUAUUAUUUUCUUCUUAUAACCAUGGCCUCAUAUAUACCACUGUUUCCACAACUCUAUUUUCACAUGUUACGCCAAAGAAGAAAGGUGCUUCAUGGAGAGGUGAUUGUAGAAAAGGAUGAUUAAGUGAUCCCUGCAAACAAGGUGCUUUUUCCAGAAUAACCCGGAUUACUUGAGUCCAAGUUUUAAUAACAAGAAUAAACAACUUUAUGAAAUAUUA